AUGGCUCUCAAAGUAACUUUGUAUCAGCUGGUAGACCUUUCCAUAGGGACUCCGGAGGUUGGUGUUGUCAAUUUCAAUGGCCUUCAUACCCUCCUCCAUGCCCUCCUCAGGCAUCUUAAACUUGAGGAUAUCUUAACUGAGAUUAAGCCGGGGUGGGGACCACCCCCACCCUCACCCCCACUCUUGGGCACCGAACCUUGGGAACGGCGGCCGUCUUUCGAGAAGGGGCUUGAGGAUGGGGCUAAACGGCCUUUCGAGAUGGAGCUUGAGGAUGGGGCUAAACCAGCUGCUCGACUGGCCGACUUGGAGAAGAAACUGCUUCUGCUGGAGAAUAACCUUCAGGGUGUGGAAAACCAGGUCAAGGGUGUGGAAAACCAGGUCAAGGGUGUGGAGGACCAGGUCAAGGGUGUGGGAGAUCAGGUCCAGGGGGUGCAGGACAAUGUCCAAGGGAUGGGAAAGAAGCUGAAAGGAUUCCAGAAACAAGUCUCUGGACUGGAAAGGCUGCCUUCGGGGACAGACUUGCUGGAGAAGACCCAGAGUGGCAGCGGCACGGCGGUGGCCGACAUGUGGCAAAUGAUGCAGAUGCAGAAGAAAAUGGAAGCCAACGAGGAAGGCAUCGCACAGGCCAUGGCUCUGUUACAGGACUUAUUGAAUGAGACAAGCAACAUGAAAUCAAACACAGCCAACUUGGAGGAGGAUGUGCAAAAAAUCAAGGAUCACUUGGCCUUGAUAGACCCCCAGGCAUUUGACGAUCGGAUAAAGUCUUGCUUAAGUGAUCAGAAUAGUUUGGAUAAAGAUGUGAAAGAUUUAGAGAAAAGGCUCAGCCGAUUCCCUUCCCCAGAGGAAAUGAACAAUAUGGUACGCUGGGAAGUUCUAGAGGAUGUCCUUUUGAAAGGCAAGAGGAGCCCAAGUCCUGAGACGAGUCCACGCCAGCACUCUCCAACCUCUGGUUCAGCCUCUCCUCAAGAUGGCAAAACCUCUUCAACUAGAGGAACCCAGCCUGGUGGACCUAGAAGAGAAGGAGCCCCAGGAGGCGCACCAGGGUCACCAUACGCCGCUCAGGGUCCAGCUGCUAUCCCAGGAGUCCAGCCAGGGAGCCAGCCUGGCACUGCUGGGGCUGGAGUGUCCCCAGUGGGAGCAGCUGGUGUUCCAGGGGGUGUGCCUGGGGCAUAUCCAGGAGCUGCCUAUCCAGGGGCCCAACCUGGCUACCCCAUGAUCCAACCAGGAGCUCCUGGAGCCCAGGCAUACUACCCUGGAGCUCCAGGGGCCCAGCCUUGGGCUCCCGGAGCUCAGGCACCCUAUCCUGGAGCUCCCGGAGCCUACCCAGGAGCUCCUGGAGCCCAGGCAUACUACCCUGGAGCUCCAGGGGCCCAGCCUGGGGCCCCCGGAGCUCAGGCACCCUAUCCUGGAGCUCCCGGAGCCUACCCAGGAGGUCCUGGAGCCCAGGCAUACUACCCUGGAGCUCCAGGGGCCCAGCCUGGGGCUCCCGGAGCUCAGGCACCCUAUCCUGGAGCUUCUGGAGCCUACCCGGGAGAUUCCGGAGCCCAGGCACCCUAUCCUGGGUCUCCUGGGGCCCAGCCCGGGGCUCCCGGGGCCCAGGUACCCUAUCCUGGGGCUCCUGGGGCCCAGCCUGGGGUUCCCGGAGCCCAGGCACCCUACCCUGGGGCUCCUGGGGCCCAGCCUGGGGUUCCUGGAGCACAGGCACCCUACCCUGGGGCUCCUGGGGCCCAGCCUGGGGCUCCUGGAGCCCAGGCACCCUACCCUGGGACUCCUGGAGCCCAGGCACCCUACCCUGGGGCUCCUGGGGCCCAGCCUGGGGCUCCUGGAGCCCAGGCACCCUAUCCUGGGGCCCAACCUGGGGCUCCUGGAGCCCAGGCACCCUACCCCGGGGCUCCUGGGGCUCAGCCUGGGGCUCCUGAAGCCCAGGCAUCCUACCCUGGGGCUCCUGGAGCCCAGGCAUCCUACCCUGGGGCUCCUGGGGCUCAGCCUGGGGCUCCUGGAGCCCAGGCACCCUACCCAGGGGCUCCCGGGGCCCAGGCACCCUACCCAGGGGCUCCCGAGGCCCAGGCCCCCUACCCAGGGGCUCCCGGGGCCCAGGCACCCUACCCAGGGGCUCCCGGGGCCCAGGCACCCUACCCAGGGGCUCCCGGGGCCCAGGCACCCUACCCAGGGGCUCCCGGGGCCCAGGCACCCUACCCAGGGGCUCCCGGGGCUCAGGGACCCUACCCUGGGGCUCCCGGGGCCCAGGCACCCUACCCUGGGGCUCCCGGGGCCCAGGCACCCUACCCUGGGGCUCCCGGGGCCCAGGCACCCUACCCUGGGGCUCCCGGGGCCCAGGCACCCUACCCUGGAGCUCCUCGAGCCUACCCAGGGGCUCCCGGGGCCCAGGCACCCUACCCUGGGGCCCCCGGAGCCCAAGCACCCUACCCUGGAGCUCCUGGAGCCUACCCAGGGGCUCCUGGAGCCCAGGCACCCUAUCCUGGAGCUCCUGGAGCCUACCCAGGAGCUCCUGGAGCCCAGGCACCCUACCCUGGGGCUCCCGGCGCUCAGCCUGGAGCUUGGGCACCAUAUCCUGUAGGGCAACCUGAGGUUCCUGGAGCUCAGCCGGGAGUUCCUGGGGGUGAGACAAUGGCAGGCUUCCUGGCAGUGCCACAAGGGCCGCCUCUAGGCGCGACAGCCCCAGUAUCACCAGCAUUAACCCCUCUGGGGCCUUCAGAGUCUACCACAUCUGGAUCCUCUUUGGCCCCAUCUCGCUAUGCCGAGACUGUGGAUGCCCUUCGCCAGCUGGCCCAGCUGUCCAACCUCUACUAUAAUUUAAUCGAACGGAUCAACAUGCUGGACCAAAUCAAGUGUAAUUAUGCUGAUCUUCAGAGGCUGCAAGACUUCCUCACCCGUGCAGUUGAUAGGAGCCUUGCCAUCAUCCCACCCAACCUUAAUGAACAACUCGCUGCACUGAAGACCAUGGAAGACAACGUGAAAGCUGACAAAGAGAAGAUAGACAAGAUUCAGAGAAUCGUUGAAGGAGAACUGGCGGCAGUGCAAAUCCCAGAGACGCCAGUGGAGGGAGUUUCGGGAACUGGUCCGAUCAACAUGCAGAUAGGUUAUCUCAGAGGAACAGUGCAGGAGAUAGAGAAAGAACUCAAGGAGCUGAGAGAGAAGCAGGAUAAGGGGAAGGCGACAUUGGAGCAGUCGGUGACCGAGACUGCUGUCGACCUACAAGAACAGUUAGACAAGCUUAGAUCAGUCAUCGAGAACAUGAUGGCCUCUUCGUCCACCUUGCUGUCCAUGAGUGUGCCACCUACCCCGGAACCUGGGCUGGCUCAAGUGCAGCAGGGCACAUGUGCUGCGUGCAGCUUAGAUGUCAGUGAGAAGGUCAGCCAGCUGUUCAAGCGCUAUGAGCAGCUGCAGGACUCAAUAAACAAGUUCAUGUUGAGGCAGGCAGAAGGCAAAACGGCCAGGAAACCCAAGGAGCGGCAGGAGGAAGAGUUGCUGAACAACAUCCAAACUACCAUCCUGCAAGUUCAGGAAGACUGCGAGAAGCUGAAUAGUACGACAGGCACUCUCGUAGACGAUCAUCGCCAGAAGCAGAAAGAGAUCAGUAUGUUGUUCAAGUCCCUGGAGAAGCUAGAAAAAGAUAAAGCUGACAAAGACCACAUUGUGAUGGAGAUUGAUGUGAAAGCAGAUAAGUCUGCCCUGGCUGCCAAGGUCAGCCGCAACCAGUUUGAUGCCACCACCGAGCAGUUGCACAAGAUGAUGCAAGAGCUGCUAAACAAGAUGGCUGGGCAAGAACAAGACUGGCAGAAGAUGCUCGACAAACUCUUGAUCGAGAUGGACUCCAAGUUGGACCGCUUGGAAUUGGAUCCGUUCCGACAGCAGCUGGAGGAGCGGUGGAAGGAACUCCGGAAACAGCUCAAGGAGAGGGCGCCCCAAGACGAAGGGGACGAAGCUGCUGGGAUACGGAGGAGACUGCUGGCUCAUUUCCACUGCAUUUCUUGUGACCGGCCUUUGGAAAUGGUGGUGCCUGGCCCGCACAUCACAACACUGCCUGCCAUUCCAGGGCUGCCUGCUCACCAGUCCCUCCGGCCGUAUAUGGUGUACGAAAUGGAACAAAUACGGCAAAUCAGCCGCAAUCUGAAGUUAGGACCCGGCCUUCGCUUUGAUGCGUUAGAGAAGGCGGCGAGUCUCAACAAGCUACGGCACAUCCAUUCCAAGAUGCUCAUGGAGAUACAGAAGGUGCAGAGCCAUUACGGUGGAACCCCGAAGGUCAACGUUCAGAUGAUCAGGGAUUUGCUGCAGGCCCAGUGUCUCGGGGCCAGCCAGUAUAGCAGACGUGACAAAACCCCUGAGAUGACCGACUACAGCUACAUGAGCAUGCCUCGUCACUGUGGAGGCAGCCACACCCUCACAUACCCGUAUCGGCGCUAUGGCCGACUGCAGCAGUUAGCCCAGAGUAUGCCUCCGAUACAUCCAGAGGAAAAUGCCGUCCUGACAAUGAUGAAGCAUGAAGAAGUGGACAUACUGGGCCUGGACGGUCAUAUCUACAAGGGGCGGAUGGAAACGGAGCUCCCAUACAUUGCAGCAAAGGACAAUGUAUUGAGAAACAAACUAAUCCGAUCCUCCUCCCAAAGGCAUCCGCCGACACUCCCGGACAUCACCAACCUCCCAGUCCGUCCUCACACUGCCAAGGUGUCUUUGCGCAGCUUGUCAGCUAAGUCACUAGGUGAGAAGUCUGUGAAGUCUUUGAGGGGCACUGAGGACGCCGGAAUACAGGACAGAGAGGUGCUAGAGCUACGCAUGGAAAUCCCCUCGCGCCAGGGAUCCGAUCAGCAGUCGGCUUAA